AUGGCGCCCUCCCAAGACCAAGCCCAUGAUCAAGGUCCCUCAUAUGACGUCCUCUCCUCCCUCCCCCAACGCUUCUUCUCCGCCGUAGACCGCAAGGACCUCGACGCCCUCAUCGCCCUCUUCGCCCCCGACGCCACGCUCACCGUCCAGACCGACCACGUCACCCUGCGCGGCGCCGCCGCCAUCCGCGACAUGUUUGCGCGCUUCAUGGACUCGUCCGUGAGCAUGUCGCACGAGGUCACCGGCGUCGUCGUCGACGCGAAGAGCCGCCGCGUCGCGACGGAGCAGCGCUACUCGGGUACGCUCGCGGACGGGACGACCAACGACAUGUGCAACUGCAACUUCUUUGACGUGGGGCCCGAUGGGCGUUGA